AAAAACCUCACCAACCCCUGAGAACUGCUGCUUGCUCUGAUAAGGGAAAGUUUGGUUUGGGGUGGGGUGGUUUGUUGGUUAGUUGGUUGGUUUUGGGUUUGUUUUUUUUCAGGGGUGUUUGGGUUUUUUUGUUUGUUUGUCCCCCUUCCUUCAAGUUUCUGGUUACAACAGAACCUAUUCCAGAAAAUGUAUAUAGACAAAUGAGUUUUACCUUCUAAAUUAUCCUUUUUUCCCCUCAAAUAAUCAAUUAUGUAACAACUUGUUUGGCUUGCAAAACUGAUCGCUGACUCCAAAUCAAGGUCUUCAACUGAAAUCUGCAGUAUAAUGAACAUGUGUUGUCAGUGUCACACAAGUGAAGAAGAAACUUCUGAUCCUUGAACUAGAAGCAGCUGUCUGCUUGUGUGUGCCCAGACCAAGUCUGUCCCCUUUGAGUUAAACUGUUCAGCUGUUCCCUGGCCUCUCCUGUGGCUUCUGGGUAGUCACCUUUGGCAUCCUUUGCCCAUGUAAAGGAACACUUUUGAUAGUUUCCUGUAUUUCUACAGCACUUCCUGGCAGGUGGCCAAGCAUGUGGUUGCCCUUUCCCCUGUUACACGGUAGCUGCCAACCAGAGUGACCAGGAUGGUUUCCAGGAGAUGUUGGAGGAAAGAGGCUGUUUUGCUGCCUUGCAGAGAUCGGAUGGGUUUGUAGACCUUUUCAAGCUUAAAACUGGAGAGGCCUGGGUCCUUGUCUUACAGUUAGGUUGGUGUCAGGACUCUUUUGGAAAUGGAAGUGAGGGGGGUUUUUCCUGGCUUGCAGAUCCUUAUUUAGAGGAAGGACUUGUCGGAGACUCCCACACAAAAGUAGUGAGCUGUUACAUCUGUGUUGCUGGCCCAGCUACUCAGACUGGGCAGCAGCAGAGCUUCACAGAGGAGCUAUAAGUCCGGAAUCAACAGGUUCCUAUGGGUCUAAAAGUAGAGAGAAGAACUGCAGAACAAGUUUUCUUCAUGUGAUUUUCACUGGCUGAUUUCUUCCAUACUGGCACAUUAACUGAAUAUAAUUAUGUUGGCUCUGUAGUGAUUGCAGUUGGCUACGGAUGUGCACGCGGGGAGAGAGCAGAGCAGAGCCAGUGCUGGGAGGAAGGUGGUUCACAGACUGUGCUGCCUGGCACCACGUAAUGUUCUAGAGGAAGGACAGUGGACACAGCCAUCUGUCCUGAAGUUACUGCUGCACACCUAAACGUCAUACGCUAGAUACAAUGGAGAGGCCUUCCUUGGAAAUUAACCUGCCUGAUACACACGAAGAAGGAAAGCUUUAUGUAGUUGAUUCUUUAAACAACCUAAACAAGCUAAAUGUUUGUCCAGAUGAAUCCCAGCAUUCACUAGAUGAGGAGGAGAACGCUGGUGGCACUGGAGAAAACAUGGCAGGGAGCAACACAGGAAAUCAGUGUUUGUUCUUCAUCACUUUUAUUCUUACUUUGAUCAUCAGUUUGGCACUUGUUUCAUUUGUAAUAUUCUUAAUAAUUCAAACUAGAAACAAGAUGGACCAAAUAUCAAGCAGACUACUAUCUGAAAAGAAGAACAUAGAAGAGCUGAAGAAAAUUAACAAUAUUUUAUUAAAGCAUCUAAAUCAAUCAGUAAUUAAGGAUAAGUCUUCUGAUCUUCAUGAUUACCUAUUAACCCAUGCUGAACUCAAAGUCCCUGGAGAAUAGAUUUUCUUUGGAAUGAAAUUUAGCAUAUUCAUGACUCAGAUAUUUUUACAUAUGUCACACAGGUUGCUUAAACAUUAUGAUAUGGUCACCGGAGCAUUGGAAAAGCCAACUGAAUGAAAAAUAUUAGAAAAUAAUAUUUUAUCCUGGUUUAUUUGGACAUAGAUUUUUAAAACUAAGCCCAUAGGAGUCACAAUAAACAACAGAUUGUCAACAAUUUGAGGCAAGAGUUCUGGAUUCCUUGUGUAUUGUAAAUUGCAGGGGUAAGGGCCUAGUUUUACUUUAAAUGUAAGUGAAUGAUUACAGAAAAUCAUGUUUUCUAUUCACAUGAUUCCAGCAUGACCUUGUUCACUUAAUCAUUCUCCUGUUUCUUUGGUACAAGUUUUGUGGUUAUUUUAAUAUUAUUUGUAUUUAAGGAUAACUUUGGAUUUCAUAACUUAUAAAUAAAUUCAUUUCUGCCAUAGA